UGGACCGGCAAGUCCUCUAAUGUGCUCCUCUUGCGGUGGUGAGGUGCCUUGCACAAAAGAAGAGAUUCCUUCACUUUCUGAGUCCCUGUGGUGGUAAACCAAGAUAUACUCCCAGAUCGAAAGAAUUGGUGAUACUUCUGAUUUUGCCUGGAAACCUCGCAUCGAGAAAUUCUUGUGCUCUUUUUUUGUAUUAUUUACAAAGAAGAUUUUAUGAUCCAUUUUUGUUAACUAUUGAUUUCGGCUAAGCCUAGUAGCAGUUCGAGCAACUUCUACCGGCCAUGUGAUUUUUGGUAUCAUAAUAUAUAUAUAUAUAUAAUAUAUCAAAGAAGCUACAGUGAUUGAAGAAAUUUUUACAUACAUAUCUGAAUUCUAGGAUUUAAGUGAUUUCGAGUCCCGUGGUAAAAAUGAUUCUACUUAUGAUGAAAAUCAUAAUCGUUUUGGCUGUGUUGUAUGGUUGCCUCUGUUGAUGUAUAUGUUGGAAAAUUUCUCAACUAAUAUAGGAAGAAAAUUUUGGGGUGUUGAAAAUUAUUGUGCCUUUGUUAAUAAUUUAAUAUUAAGUUUCAAAAGUAUUUGAAUGACUUUUAACUAUCUUAAUAUCCAUUUCCUGCUCUGCAAAAGAUAAUUAGCAUAUCAAUUUAAAUUGUGAAGUCUAAAACUUUAUUGAUUGAAUUUUUCAUUAGGUUUAUCCUGAAGCAAAUUUUUAGAUAAUUUAAAUGUAUAUUCACAAAUUUCUUUUACUUGAUCUUCGAUUUUCUGAUAAUUUAUUUAUUUCAUAGUUUAUUAGCAAUAUAAGGCUUCAAAAUGCUCUAUCCUAUGUUGAUGUUGGUAUUCGUAGCGAUUUUAAGAUUCUGUUUCAAGCGAAUGUGGUUCUUUUUUAACAAUAAUGCUGAUUUUAAAAUUUACAUUCGCAGAUUUAGUCAGUACGUUCCUUUUCUUUUGGGAGAAUGAUUAUUCAAAAUCUUUUAUCAAUUUUUGCUUUUUUUCUUGUAAUAUUUAGUAGAUAUAUAUAGAAUUCUUCAAAUUUAUACAUAAAUUAGAUUUUAGAAUUUUUUUCUGAUUUGUGAAAUAAGUUUGAUUCGUUCAACAAUUUUGAGAUAUUAGCGUUUCUUGGAAUUUUUUUUAUGGAUAUUUGAUUUUGUUAAGUAUUACGUGUGCUGAUUGCCAAGACUAACUCACCUAUUAUACUUCUGAUCAAAAAGAUAGCAGCAUACCUACAUAACUGCAAUUGGAAAUUUCAAAAUUGCGUGGAUUUUUCAUAUAGGAAAUAAUCUUUGUCAUUGUUGAAAAAAGUUGAUCAAUUCAGAAGUAGAUUCAUAUUAAAUUCUAUUUCAAGAUCUACUUCAGAUUAUUAUCAUAUUUGUGGUGUUUUAACAAAACAGUUGUGUAAAGUUCUUCAAAAUAAAUAAAUAAAAAAAGAAACAGAAGUAGAAGUUUUCAUCAAAUAUAAAUACAUGGCACAUUAAAUAAAAAUAAAGAAUUUCGUAGAUCAAAAUAAUUAAAAAGAAGCACAUUCCCAACUUUCCUUUCAAUGGAUAUAUAUAUUUGUGUAACACUUAUUGCUGUGCCAUCACUGAAGCAGCUCAAAUCAGUUUAACCUUUUGUGUUGGUAAAGUAAAAACGGUGCAAAAUGGAGAUGGAAAUGAAUCGCAGAGACGGCAUAAUGGUCGGAAUGGCCAGUGUCCAUCGACCUGUCCACAAAAGGGGUGGUUCACAAAACUCUAAGUGCAAACGUUGUUGCAAACGUUUUACAACCUUCUUGUUCUCACAUGUAGGACUGUGUGCCCUGGUUAUUGGGUAUAGCGUUAUGGGAGCCUUUGCUUUUAGGGCCCUGGAGGCCCCUUACGAAGAGCAGAAGGCCGAACAGGUGAGCCACUUACGUCAGGAGACUGUCAGAAGACUGUGGGAAAUAACCGACAAACUGAAUGUUCUUUACAAGGAUAACUGGACGAGAAUGGUGUCUCAUGAGGUGAGGCACUUCCAAACGGAGUUGAUUGCUGCGGUCAAGGAUGGAUAUGAUGGCAAAGAUGGUGGUAGCCAACAAUGGUCGUUUUCUGGAGCUUUCUUGUAUUCUCUGACUGUUAUUACAACGAUUGGAUAUGGAAACAUCGCACCAAGAACCAACUGGGGCAAAAUUGCAACUAUUAUAUAUGCCAUUAUAGGCAUUCCUCUUAUGCUGUUAUAUCUCACCAACAUUGGCGAUAUUUUGGCGAAAUCCUUCCGGUACGUCUAUGGUCGAAUCUGCAGUUGUGGUUCCAGUGAUCCUUACAAGCGUCGAAGGCACAACAAUCACCAUCAUCACCCAUCCGAGAACUACAGAGUCCACCAUAUAGUAGCCCACAAUUCGCCCAAAAGACAUCACCCUAACUCAGAACCUGGAGUUCAGGACAAGCUGCAUAUGCCACCAGAAGACGAAGUCCGAAUUGAACACAUGGCAGACCUAGAUUUGGACAUCGAGUAUGAGAAACCACGAGUAUCUGUACCAAUUACUUUAUGCUUGUUGAUACUUGUCAGUUAUAUCUCAGGGGGCGCUGUGCUGUUUUCUCUUUGGGAAGGUUGGGGCUUCCUUGAUGGCUCCUAUUUCUGUUUCGUGACCUUGAGCACUAUCGGUUUUGGAGACUUAGUGCCAGGUGACUCAGUAGUCUCUGAUGAAGGGACGCAGGAAAAACUGGUCAUAUGUUCUCUGUAUCUUUUAAUAGGCAUGGCACUGAUCGCAAUGUGUUUCAAUUUAAUGCAAGAAGAAGUUAUUCAUAAAGUUAGAAACUGUGGUAGGAGAAUUGGAAUUAUCAAAGACCAAGAAGAAGAAGACGACAUGGGCUGAUAUUAGAUCUUUCCGCGUGGUUGGAAAUCAAGGUAAAAUUUAAUGGUCAGAUGGUAGUUUUGUUGAUCGAACAAAUUGACACGCCCACUCCUGGAAAAACCUGGUGGCGUGUCUUUUUUCGGUAACGAAUUUUCUGAAAAGCUGUUAAAGACACUUUUUACUGAAUACUUCUUAAAAUAAUUAUAGAAUUGUGUUACAAAUGAUCAAAAUCUAGAUCAAAAUUUAAAAAAUUGCUUACGAACAUUUCUUACGAAGAAUUCACACUAACAUUUCUUACAGUAGAUUGACAGCUCUAUAAAUCCUUGGACAGAGCAACAGGUGUGAGAGCAGAACGAGAGACCUAUCAGAAAUUUGCAAAUGUAGAACUCAAUCACACCGGUGAAAACAAACUUGCCUGAGGAGCUUCGUUGUUUUCAUACAGAUUUCAGCGUAGAUAAUGACUCUUACUAAACCACAUUGGAAAUUAAUGGCAUUUCUUAGUAAAUAAAUAUCACGUGUGAGUUUGUAUUAGAUCCAACUGUAUCUCAUAUCGUUUUCUGUAAGUCAUUCCGGUUUUGAUGUAAGAAGAAAGAUUUCUUAUUACAGCUGAUUUGCAGUUCUUUUCUUCUGAAUGAAUCAGGGAGUUUUACGAAAUGGGAUGAAAAUUAAUAAUUCCCAGUUAAAAAAAUAAGGCGAGUUUAUUUGCAGUACCACACAAAAAGCCAUAAGUGUAAAUGGAGAAUUUUUGAUCUGAUAUUUAACUCUAAAAUAGUAACGUCAACGCUGAGUUACUUCAAUAGAUAUACAGAAUGAAGUUUGUUUUAUAAAAUCAUUUUUUAUAAAACGCUCAUUUUUAUUUGUUAUAUGACAGCCUAGAUAUAUUCUCCUGAAUUAAUUGAAAAUCGUGGCAUGCCUGUUAAAAAUGAUUUACUAUUACCAGCAAUAUGUUAAUGAAACGUCUCUCUUAUGAUCCUUGGAGUAAUAAAUCUCAAUAUUCUGUGGUUCAUUUGGCUAAUACUGUGGGUCUUGGAGAGUUAGAAUAAUUAUUCUCUGAAGUGAAGAUUGGAAACCUUACACUGGCAGUCAGCUAGUUCAUGGUUAUGGAUACUAUUUCCUGAAGCACGAAGUGUCCCUCCUCUUCGAGCAUGGGUUCUCGAUUUGAAUAGAAAAUGGAAUCGCCAAGUUUCCUUUCUAUAGUUAAGACAUAUAGGUGGAAAACACAGAGUUGAUAUUACAAACAUUGAACUUUGAAUUGCAAUUUUAAAUUGUUAUUUAUUUGCUAAUAAUGCCAUUAAUGUGUGUUUCGCUUGUUAAUGUUUCGCCUCAAAACUCUGUCCAAUCCCUGUCAUCCAAUCUAAAAUUAUGACAAUUAUUCAGCAAACCGCCCGCCGUUGAAUUAUGAAAUGUAGAAAUUUAACACUUGACAUGUUAAAUUUAAACGACAGUUUGGAAGUCUUGGAAAACUGUUUAUAUAUGAUAAAUUUGUAUAGGCAAUCAAAGAGUUUUUCUUAAAGAAUGUUAAAAAUUACUUCUGAGCAAACUGACUGUUAUUGGAGUUAAUAGUCUCAUGUAAUGCAGAUAUGAACUUUAACAUUCGAAUGAAUUUGUAUGAAAGCUAACGAAUAAUUUUUAAAUAUUUUUUAAAAAAAUUCAUAUAUAUAAAAUGGAAAUUGAUUUAUGUAUUAGUAGAUAAAAUGUUUUUAAUUGUGACGAUUCUUUUAU